AUGGAGAGCCCACAGAUAAACUUCCCUCUGGGUCUGGGUUCAGACCAGAAAAGGAGCAGGAUCCAAGAGGAUGGGAGUCCUCCACUGAAAAAAGCAAUGACAGAGAUGCAUGUAAAUAACAAAGUACAGGUUGUAAUAAAUAAAUUGCCGACAAUAAAGAAGGAAAACUUAGAUGACUAUGAUGAAACUCCUGUGGAAGCUGAUGGGGAAACCGCCAAGGCAAACAGUGCUUCACUAUCUGAGCCUUUGAGUUUAAACCCAGGUCUGAAACACACCUUGGCACAGUUCCAUCUCAGCAGCCAGAGCUCGCUGGGGGGACCAGCAGCUUUUUCAGCUCGUUAUUCCCAGGAAAGCAUGUCACCCACUGUCUUCCUGCCUCUUCCAUCGCCACAAGUCCUCUCUGGUCCACUGCUCAUCCCUCCAGACAGCUCCACAGAGCUCACCCAGACCCUGCUGGAGGGGGAAUCCAUCUCCUGCUUUAAAGUCGGAGGAGAAAAGAGGCUUUGCCUGCCUCAAGUGUUGAACUCUGUUCUCCGAGACUUCUCAUUGCAACAGAUCAACACGGUGUGUGAUGAACUCUACAUAUACUGCUCCAGGUGUACUUCUGACCAGCUCCACAUCCUGAAGGUUUUGGGAAUUCUCCCGUUCAAUGCUCCGUCCUGUGGGCUGAUCACGCUGACGGAUGCUCAGAGACUAUGCAAUGCUUUACUACGUCCUCGCACUUUUCCACAGAACGGCAGUUUCCUCCCUGGCAAGAACACCUUGGCCCAGCUGAAAGAGACUGGCAGUGCCUUUGAAGUGGAGCAUGAAUGCCUGGGCAAGUGCCAGGGCUUGUUUGCACCUCAGUUCUACCUUGCGCCAGAUGAUCCCUGUAUCCAGUGUUUGGAAUGCUACGGGAUGUUCUCACCCCAGACCUUCGUGAUGCAUUCGCACAGAUCCCCGGACAAGAGGACCUGCCACUGGGGAUUUGAGUCUGCCAAGUGGCACUGCUACCUGCACAUUAACCAAAAAUACUUGGGAACGUCCGAGGAGCGGGAGCUGAAGCAUCUCCUGGAGGAAAUGAAGGAGAAAUUUAGCGAGAAAAAUCAGAAAAGAACUAGGUCCAAAGCAGAGUCACAGCAGAACCUGGAAUUGUCACAGUGGUAUCCAGUUAUAAAGCAAGAAGCAGAAACUGAUGCUCAACCACCCUCCUUUCUCCAUCCCAGUUACUACCUUUACAUGUGUGAUAAAGUGGUUGCCCCGAACGUCUCUCUUGCAUCACAGUAUAAGGAUGUUGCGAAAACAACAGUCAAAGCUUCAGAAACAGUUAAGUCCUCACCUGGGCAGUCAGAGAAGAAGCUCAGUAGUGGAAAGCACAAAAAACCUGUCUCCUAUCCAGAGCUUUCUCUUGAAGAACAGGAAAAAAUUGACUUGAAAACUGAUGUGGAGCAGCAUAAACGUUUAGAUCCACUUGUGCCAACUCGUCCUGUGAGAGGUGGAAAAUCCGAACGUGUUUCUUCCAAACUCACUAGAGACUCCAACCAUGUGGAAGGAGGCAGUGAGGCACGAACCUUGUCCCCCACUCUCAUGAAGGACAUCAGCUGUGAAGAUGACAAGGGAAAGAUCAUGGAAGAAGUCAUGAAAACCUACAUCAAGCAGCAGGAAAAACUCAAUACUAUUCUGCGGAGGAAACAGCAGCUCCAAAUGGAAGUGGAAAUGUUAAGCAACUCUAAAGCUAUGAAGGAACUAACUGAAGAGCAGCAGAAUUUACAAAAAGAACUUGAGUCUUUGCAAGCAGAACAUGCUCAGAGAAUGGAAGAGUUUUAUUUUGAGCAGAGAGACUUGGAGAAGAAACUGGACCAAGUGAUGAAGCAGAAGUGUAGCUGUGACUCCAACUUGGAAAAAGACAAAGAAGCUGAAUAUGCAGCACAGCUGGCAGAGCUGAGGCAGAGGUUGGAUCAUGCAGAGGCAGAUAGACAAGAGCUUCAAGAUGAACUGAGACAAGAACGAGAGGCACGGGAGAAGUUAGAGAUGAUGAUCAAGGAAUUGAAGCUACAGAUCCUGAAAUCUUCAAAAAAUGGGAAAGGAAAGUAG